CGAGCUCGAAAUGCAUGCAAAGAUAGAAGAACCCCCAAAGAUAGUGCUUAGCGGCACUCCGCGAGAAAUCGGCCUGCAACAUGGCGAACAGCUCCAGUCCCAGAUCAAGAAUCAGCUGGCCGUCUACGGAGCUAUGUUCCAACACACCUCCAAGAUCUCGUGGGACGCUGUGCUCGACCUGGCGGAGGAGUUCCGCGCCACACUCGCGCAGUCCACCCCCGACCUCCUGGCCGAAAUGCAAGGCAUCGCAGACGGGGCCGGUGUCUCCCUCCUUGAUAUCGUCGCCCUGAACUGCCGCAGUGAGAUUUCAUUUGGCAAGUUCUCCGACGGGUGUACGAGUCUCUCGCUCCAUCGCCAGGGGCGAGGCCGCAUCCUCGCGCAGAACUGGGAUUUCACCACCCAAGUGCAGAAGAAUCUUGCCUUAGUGGAGAUCGUCCAAACAGACAAACCCGUCAUUUACAUGGUCACUGAGGCCGGUCUCGUCGGCAAGAUCGGCUUCAACAGCGCCGGCGUCGGCACCUGUCUCAACGCAAUCCGCGCCCAUCCCUGUCUCAGCUCCAAGCUGCCCAUCCAUAUCGCCCUGCGUCUGUGUCUGGAAAGUGUCUCCGUUGAGGCUGCGAUACAGAAACUAUCUUCCCUGGGCGGCGUCGCCUCCAGCCAACACAUUCUCAUCGCAGACAGCACUGUCGCCCUUGGGUUGGAGCUCUCGCCACUAGGGGACGAUCAUAUCGCUGAAGACGAAUAUGGGAUGAUUACCCACACGAACCACUUCCUACUUAACCGGAAGGUCAUCGAGCCGCCGUGGCUCUCCGGGUCGCCGGUUCGGUUGGCCAGGGUGCGUGAGCUUGCGAAGGAGAUUGUAGACAGUGGGGUCCUCGAGGAGGACAAUGUCGAUAUCGUUGGUACGGUUCUUCGAGGACGAAUCUUCUCCGAUACGUGUGACGGGCCGCAGUCGAUAUGCUGGCAGGAGGAUCCGACCCAACCAUCAAUUGUCCGGACGGCGACGUUGUUCAACAUCGUGAUGCGGUUGGAGGAGGGGAAUCUUGGGGCGGAGGUUGUGUUCGGCAAGCCGGGUUCGGGGUUGGAGAGUUCUGUGGUCGAGGUGCCGUGGCGAUGACCACGGAGAUUAGCACCAUAUCGCGGUUGUUUCUUUGAUGCGAAAGGAGAGGAGAGAACAGCACGAUGGUUCAUUCUUUGUGUUCAUGUGGUGGAGGCUUCAUAGUGGAGGAAUCCGCUCACCCGAGUUUUUGAGAAUCUUUCACCAUGCAAAACACAAAGGUGCUGGUUAGAGAAUCUCCCUGCAACUCUACGCAAUGCCUUUUAUCGCUUCGAUGCAACCUAUACAAAGAGUCUAUGAAAUUGACGGUAAAUGUUGUUUUCCCAAGCAUCAAACCAUGUUCGUGUUCUCGAUACUCGCAGCUAUAUAAGCAGCUCUCAAGUCUCGACGAGACUGAUUGUGAUUCUGAUUAACAUCCCAUCUAUACAUCUUCUUGAUA